AUGACGCGAAUGGACGUCUUUAUAUGCGAUCGACAGAUGACAAGGGAGUACUAUACUGUGGAUGACGAUCAUUUGUCCUUCCGCGCCGUAAUGUCCGAAGAAUUUCAAUUCGAGUGGCUUCUCCCAGGACAGCUACAAGAUGUUCGCCGGAUACCAAACUCCGUCAUUGCAAAGGCCUUGAGCUGGCAGAGGACCAGGGCAAGCAAAGCUGAAGACCCGUUUUUCAAGUCCUUCUCCGCAGAAUUCGUCCAUGGGUUUCAGGAAGAGGUCCAACGUUUAGUGCUGAGCCAGAGCUCAGGCUUCUUCUCCUUUUUUCGAGGUGGUUCCGUGGACAAAGACUCGGGAUGGACUGCUGUGCCUUGUUUCCCCCUUGCGCUCAAGGUCAUCGCACGGCUGACCACGUAUUCUUUGUUCGGCGAGCCGUUAUGCCGGGACGCAGAGUUUCUGGACAUGUGCUGCCGCUUUGGUGAUGCCAUCCCUCGAGACGCGCUCAUCUUGCGUUCCUGGCCAGGCUGGGCAAGGCCUUCUGUUGCAAAAGUCUUGGCUGCCCCGCGACUUGUAAGGAAAUUGCAGGGCAUUUUACAGGCCGAGAUACAACACAGGAGGGAUACCCGUGAAAAGAACGCCAUGAAGGACAUCCUGGACUUCGCAAUGAACUGGGUUGACCAACGACGUGAGGCGGAAUUCGAAGAUUGGCACAUCACUGACAUGAUGACCAACACCAUCUUUGCCGCCCUGCACACUUCCAGUCAACUGGUAGUUCAUACAAUAUUCGAGCUCGCUUCGCGCCCUGAAUACGCCGAUCCGCUCCGCGAAGAAAUAAAGCAAUGUUUCGAGCUACACGGCGAGGGCACCAAGCAGGCUUUGGACUCAAUGUACAAAGUGGACAGCUUCAUCAAGGAAACACAAAGAAUGAACCCACUCGACGCAUCUGCACUCGCAAGACUGGCUCUCAAAGAUUACACAUUCUCCAAUGGUUUGCACAUCCCCAAGGGGAGCGCAAUCUUUACACCAAACGCCCCCCUGUUCCAGGACGAGAGAUUUUACCCGGAUCCCACUCGUUUCGACGGGUUCCGAUUUUCCAAAAUGCGGCACGACCCAAAACUUGCCUCCUCCUGUGACCUGACGUCAACCAAUGAACGAAGCAUGCAUUUCGGGAUCGGGCGCCACGCAUGCCCUGGCAGAUUCAUGGUUUCCGACGAGGUUAAGCUCGCCGUGGUGCAUCUCUUGCAGAACUUCGACUUUUGCAUCGAGAACCAUGGCCCAAGGCCGAAGAAUAUGCCGUUCGGCAAGUUUAUUCUGCCGGACAUGGGUGCAAAGGUGUGGCUGAGACCGUCUGCUCGCGGGAAUGAGUGA